AUGUCGCUUGAUGCGACCAACGGGCAUCAUCCCAGAACAAGAAAAACAAAAAAAGGAACUCACUCGAGAGCUCAUUUUGAAUUCCACGGUCCGAGACACAGGACCCCUCCCCCGCUCAACGUCCGUGCAUCUGCGACACGUGCUCCAGAAGAAGAAGAAGAAGAGCUACAAGCUGCACGACUUCUGACCACCAAGUCUGCAUCAAACGCCUCAAGAACCACCGAGUUGCUUUUUGCUAUGACGGACAAGACGCACCAUUCUCAACCCCGCUUGCCCGCAAUGCCGGGUUUUGUCGGAGAGAAUUCUACCAACGACGAGUACGUGAGUGUACUGACCCCCGACCACAAGGUACAGACUCCGAAUACAGCGUCAAAUGCUUUUGACCCUAAUGGGUUCCGCAUGAACGAGUGGACGGUCACACUUGACGAUGGCGAUUGGCGCACGGCCUUUUACUGGUGGGUCUCCUGCUGUCCGUGCUUUCCAUUGGCCCAGCUCGAGACCCGUCUGGGUCUUACUAAGUCGUACCCUCUUGGGUUGUCACUUGGUCUCCUUGCUUAUGCGAGUCGCUUGGUGCUGGUGCUAUUGACGAUCUUUGCGCUCUUGAGUGGCAGAUUCGUGUCGUUUGCCAUUUGCCUCUUGCUCGCGGUGUUUAGCUUUGUGGCUGUUGGCCAUCGCGUGUCCCGAGUGCGCAAGCACGUUCGGGACCGUCUUGAGAUCGCUGGCUCGGGCAAGAACGACCGCACGAUGGGUUGCUUGCGUAGUGCCAGUGUGAUUCGUCAGAUGGCUGUUCAGCUCAAGUGCGACCAAAUCCACGCUAAAGCGCCUACUACGCUCCAAGCGUAUGAAGUGUAA